CAAAACCCAUUGACAUCCAUUCAAAAAACUAGCAUCUGGUCUCCUUUCCUGCGUUCCGCUGAAACCAAGGCCGUUACGAUUUUUUGGCUAUCUAGUGGCGGAUUCCCUACGCAACGCAAAAAGACGUGUCCUACAAUGUGGACAGCUUCUGUGGGUACUGUAUAUUAUAGGGUUCUUAGUUUUUAUUGCGUCGCGUCGCUCAUUCUAUUAUAUUAUUAUCAGUCUAUUUUGGGUGUUGUUCUGAAAGUAAAGGUUGUGUUAUAGGCUACUUGUUAAAUUUCAUUACCACGGGUUCUGAAUCACAGCUCAGACCAGGGGGUUGACGUCAGUUCUGCGAGUCACUCCAAUGACCAAUCAGUUGCAAACAAGCAGGCGCCGCUGUCUGCGAACUGCCAACGCGUUAUGAGCGGAAUGACAACCCAAGGCUGAACGCUCCCGCGGUAAGAAAUCGUGAUGCCAAUAAACGAGAGAACAAAGAUAAUAAGAGCAAACAAAUAACAGGAGCAAGCCAGCAUAUCCUGUCUUUGAGACGUCUCCAUCUUUAGUCCAGAAAGAUGCGACUCGCAUGGGAUGCUUUUUCUGUGCUUCAUGUAUUCUUCAUCUUCACUUGACGGAAGAGGGAUGGAGACGCUCGCUCUGUGUGAUUCACCCUCCUGCCGCAGCAAUGAGUAACCUGUUUCAGAACACCUCUUUUUUUAACAUGGAUGUGCUGGAGGCGAAGAAUGUGUCGUUUGUCCCGUCCUGGGAGCUAGAACCUGUGCCCAUCAUCGUCAACCCAUGGGACGUGCUGUUGUGUGUGACAGGCACGCUCAUGUCCUGUGAGAACGCAGUGGUGAUCGCUCUGAUUGUCUACACGCCCACCUUGAGAGCACCCAUGUUUGUCCUUAUCGGAAGUCUAGCGUUCGCAGACCUCCUGGCCGGCCUGGGCUUGAUACUCAAUUUCAUUGUCACCUACAUAAUUGAUUCAGGUUUUGUCUCUUUGCUGUCGGCGGGGCUUCUCAUUACAGCAUUCUCUGCCUCUGUGCUAAAUAUCCUUGCAAUCACAGUGGACCGAUACUUGUCCCUAUACAACGCAUUGACGUACCAUACCGAGCGCACAGUGGCUUUCACCUACAUCACUCUGAUACUCAUGUGGGUCAUCAGCACCACUCUCGGCUCGCUUCCGGUAUUAGGAUGGAAUUGCUUGGAGGACGAGACCACCUGCAGCAUCUGUCGACCCGUGAACAAGAAUAACGCCGCGGCACUCGCUGUGUCCUUCCUUCUGAUUUUCGCUCUCAUUCUGCAGCUGUACCUUCAAAUCUGUAAGAUUGCUUUUCGGCACGCCCAGCAGAUUGCAGUUCAGCGUCAGUUCAUGACUACCUCACACUCGUCUUCCACAACGAAAGGGGUCUCCACCCUCACCACAAUCCUGGGCUCCUUUGCACUCUGCUGGAUCCCACUCGCCAUGUACUCACUGGUGGCGGACAGUCGUUCCCCUGUGAUAUACACUUACAUCACGGCUCUUCCAGCCAUCUGCAACUCCAUCAUAAACCCAAUGAUAUAUGCCUUCAGGAACCCUGAUAUUCUGAGAUCUUUAAGGAUUGCUUGUUGUGGGUGCAUGCCUUACAGUUUAACCAUGCGACCCAGGACCCCCAGCGAUGUGUAGCACGUCUAAAUGGAAGCACAACUUUGGCAGUGACCUGUCUAUAAUGUUUAAAAGCACAUAUCAUGUAUAAUCCACAUAUUGUAAUCCAGUGGAGUGAGGGUGCACUUUUCAUAUGGGUUGUUUGGUAACACUUUACAUUAUACUGUAGUGUUCAUGUUAGACACAGGUUGCAACAGUUCAUUCUUGAUAAUUGUUCAUUCCUGUUAUGCUGUAACUUUAAAAAGGAAUAUGCUCUUAUUAUAAUUUUAAAAAAGUAUUUCCAAGAGAUAUGGAAAUAUGCUGUGGUCAAAUUUAGGCACUCAAACUUUAUUACGUAUUACUUGAUUAUUUCCACAAUGGCAGGAAAAUGAACAGGAAACCUAAAAGAUGGAAAUACGUAAGGGUGGUAAAUUGAGCUUGUGGUUAUACAACCUGUAUAUAACCUGUAUAUACAGGUACUGUAUAUACAGGUUGCCGGUUUGAUUCCCAGGGCCGGCGGGUAACGACUGGGUGCCCUUGAGCAAGGCACCUUACCCCUACUUGCUCCCCGGGCGAUGCAGUGAUAGCUGCCCACUGCUCCGGGUGUACGUGUGUUCACCACUUGCUGUGCGUGUGUUCACUACUCUCUGGAUGGGUUAAAAGCAGAGGUCACAUUUCGGAUAUGGGUCACCAUAUCUGACUAAUAGGUCACUUUCACUUAACUUUUCACUUUCAUACAGUAAUAAAAAAAUAUUAUUACAGUAAUAAUAGUAACAGCAAUAAUAAAAACAUUUGAGUUAACAUUGAGUUAAAACUUUUAUGACCAGUUUCACAGAUAAGGUUUAGGGCUAGUCCCAGACUAAAAUGAAUGUUUAAGCUGUUUUAACUAAAAAUAACAUGCCCUGAAAUAUCUUAAAACAUAUCAGUACCAUUGUUUUGUCUCAAGGUACACACCAGUAAUGUUAGUUUCUAAAGCAUUCAUAUAAAAGUGACUUAAAUAUCCUAAUUUAAGAUAAGCCUUGUCUGUAAAACCAGGCCUUAGUGACAAAAUCCUUACAAUGAAUAUUUAUUGGUAUUAGUUAUGAACAAAUGUAAUUCACAUGUUGACAAACUUAAAUCAACAGAGUAUAUUUAGCCAUAUAUGCUGGGAACAUAAAAAAGUACCACAUAACAGAAAUUAUCCAAUAAUCACAGUAAUAACAAUGUGAAGACCAAUAACACAAACCUUCAUAAAAUGUUUGUAUGCAGUUCAUUAGUAUUACUCAGUAUUUAUGUAAAUUCACAGUUAUGUGAACACUGCAAUGCCAAGAUUUCUGUGGUGUGGUUGCAUAGAUAGAUGUUCUCUGCAUUUAGAUGAUAAGUUAGUCUUGGAUUUAAAUCAAUAAUUGAUUAUGGAAUAACAUGGUAUUUUCCAAAUACACUUAAUAUAAUUGUAAUUGUGAUCAUCAACAGGGUAUAUGUAAUAACCCGUAUGUAGCAUAUACUGUAUAUUAUUUUAUUGCCUGUAAGCACUGUGGUGUACGUGCAUUAAUUUCUUCACCUUUACACUUGAGACACUUGAGAGAAUGUGUUAUUUUAGGUUUGGCAAUAAUGUUCAUAAUCUUAAAUAUUCAACAUUACGCAUUCCAAAACAAUGUUGUGUUUCAGAACCAUGGACAGCGCAUACCAACUGCAUGGUAUAUCUUUCAGAAUGUAAUGUUUGAACAUAAUAAGCAAAUCGUUUUUCUUAGAAAUACAGUACAGCCAACAACUGCCUUACAAAUACCCCUAUGGCGCAUUGAAGGAUACCAUUUAUCAUAGGGAUGCACCGAAUGUUCGGCCACCGAAAAUGUUCGGCCGAAUAUAGUAAAAAAUGCAAGUUCGGUGUUCGGCCGAAUAUGUGAACUGGCCGAAUAAAUUUUACCGAACAUGACUCGUGAUACGAUCAAGCAGCAACCAGCGCAGAGAGAGAGAGACACGCGUGCGCUUUAUUACUGCCGCAAACAUUUUGGCAGUGCGUGUGUGUGUGUGUGGAGCAUUUUAAAGUGUCAGAGAAAGACAGCACGGGACUUGCCGCACGGAAGUAAAUUUCCGAAUGAAAGCGUCUUUACCGGUCGGCAACUUUACUUCAGACGGAAGCGGGCUGUCUGACAGUAGCCCCGCCGCUUGCGACAUCCUUUGACAUCAUACAGUGGUCGCGUGCACACAGUUCCCUGUACUAAACAACUUGUCAAAGUAUGUUCUGUGCACCUUCUGAGAGAACAGUCAGCUUUUGUGGGCGGAGUUUGGAGGAGAGACGUGAGCUGAAAUGGUUGUCAGUCAGCAUCAGUCAGAAUUGCUUGCAUUGGAUGUUUUUAUUUCUCAAAUCAUUUUGCAAUGUAGCCUAUAAUAAUCCAACAGUUUUAGUUUAUUCCUAUUUUUAGUUUAUAGCCUAAUGUGGAAUGACACUUUUUAAUAAACUGUUUUGUUGUAGGGGUACAAAGUAACUUACAUUACAUUCUUUUAGCAGUCAGUUAUAGGCCUAAUUAAUAUAGGCUAUUCAUGGAAGGAGAGGGCUCAAUUUUUUGUUUGAAUUUACUUUUUUUUGUUCAAUUUUAUAUUAAGUUGUAUUGUAUUUUAUUGAAAAGCAAGACAAAUGAUAAAAAGCACAUUUUGACUAUUCAGUUUGUGCAAUAGUGAAAAAAAUGGCUUAAUAAAUGUUCAGUGUUUGGUAUUAUUUGGCCUUCGGCCAAGUGUUUCACAUCAUGUUCGGCUUCAGCCAAGAAUUUUCGUUUCGGUGCAUCCCUAAUUUAUCCUUGAUUGAUUGCAGGAACCCCACCAGUGGUGCAUUUUAGAAACCCAAACACAUGUCACUGACAACUAUAAAAUCAAUAAUGCAUCAUGUUCAGUUCAAGUUGUAUACAUUAUUUAUAGUGUACAGAGGCCUCUGUUUGGGAUCUUGAUGUUUUGCCUUUGAUCUCACAAGUGUGUUGUUUUACCACACAUUUAUAUACUUAACACAGAGAUAAGCAGUGAUAACCGUUUUAUGUAAAACAAUACAGACAACAUAUAGUUGGUCAUUUCAUUUAUGCUAACACUAGUUGAAUGAUGGACCUAAAGGUUGUCAAUGUUUGGUGGAGUACUCCAGUUUUCCAACUGACUUAAUUUGUUGAACACAUUUCAAACAGUGUUUCGUCAUUUUUCUUUUUGUAAGUGAUACAGAACUAGACAGAUAUUAUACAAUUGUUUUUAUAGUUAGAAAAGAAAACAUCUCUACAUUAUUCACUGCAGGGAUACAAAACCGUAUAAUCCUGGAGUCUAUGUGUGAUGUUAUCAGUGUGUCUCAAGACAAAAUUGUUGGUUUUGUAGAUGCAGCCAAAGAACCAAUUUUAAUAUGUUGUUUGGAGAAAUGAAUAAUUACAAUAUUAUAUCCAGCGUAAGAUAAUUUUUUGAAUGUACUGUCUGUUGCCUAGAUUUUUAUUAAAGCGGCUGUGAUUGUCUCAGACUGACCACCUUUGUAAAACAAUCACCCGGUCUAACAUUGAAUGGUAUACACAAUUAUUGUUUUCUGUGUAAUGUUGACAUAGAUCUAUAUUUUUAUACUGCCUUAGAAAGUUUUAUUCCAUUUAUGUUGUUGAGUAAUGUAUUUAAAGAAUAGACUUUCGAGAUGUCUUUUCUGAUGGUUCUAUAAAUAGCAUGCCACAGUGCCAACCAAUCUCUGGCUACCAUUUACACCAGCUAUGAAUGACUGUGUUCAGAAUGGUACUAACAUACUGUUUCCUGUGUAUUAUAUACUGUAUGCUAGAAAGUAUUGGAAACGCAUUAUGGAACGAUAAAUAGAGCACUACAUUUCUGUCACUUAACCUCAUCAGCCGUCGUGUGUUUUGGCAGUCUGAUCAAAUAAUGAGUAAAUUACUUUCAGUUUAUCGAACAUUUAAAGACAUUUAAGUUGAACACAAUGCAUUGUGGGAUACAGUUCACACUUCGUUGUGGUCUUGUGGGAUUUGCAUAGUAUAUAUACACAAUUCUGCAAAAUAGUACGCUUUUUCUUUCAUGUGUAUGAUGCUGUAAAUAUGGCUUAAACACAACAAUCAUUUUAUAUGCAUAAUGUGAUGUACAAAUCAUUUACUUUCAUGCUCAGCAGAUUUAAUAAGCUAUUCAUAACAGUGACUUUUACUGUUAAGUAUUAAAUAUGUGCUGUUACUUUACUAGAGGAUUGGACUAAUGAAUUUUGGCUGGAACAUGAAACAAAAUGUACACAUAAAUGCAAUAAGGAACACAACUCUAUAGAUCAAAUUCAGGGAUAGGCUUGUUGCCCCUGCAACCAUCCAUAACACACUUGCAACUAUAUAGCAACAAUUCAGAUCACCAUUGCCUUAGCUACUACCUGACAAUGCUUUAGCAACACCCUUGCAAACACCUAGAUAGAACACCCUAGCAGUAUGCUUAUUACCCAAACCUUAUUAACUGUAAAAAAACACACAGUCAACAACCCACACUGUCCACUCACCACUGCACUACACACUUAAAGGAAAUAUCAAUGCUCUAAAAAGGGACACUUUAAGACACUAGAGAGGAUCUUGUAAAUGCCCAUGUUACUCAUUGACAUUGGAAAAACAGGUAGUGUGC